CGGGAGAGAAUUUAGUAGUGUCGUGACGUUCGAUCGUAACACUGAUAGAGCACGGAAUCGGACGGAAGGUCGUCGUCGCCGUUUUCUAAAGGGGGUUUGCGUGAUUUGCGUCGAGCACGGAUUUUUGCUUUCCUGUGCCAGGGGUUUUGUGAUUUGUGAAUGGUUUCGAAGGGGGUGCUAUUAAUGGAGUGCUGAUAUUUGGGCAAGGGUUGUUUGCAUGGAAGGUUGUUCUGUGGUGAAGAAUUGAAUUAUCAAUUUUUCCGAGGUCUGUUCUAGGGGGCAAGCCUUUGGAAAGGAUUGUAGUUGUUGUUAUUGGUGUAACGAAAACUAGCUUCCGAGAAAAAGAAAAACGAAUAAGAACGACAAAAAUAAAAACCAGAAGAGGAGACGCUGCCAAAAUCUUGAAACCAUUUUCCGGGGAAAAACAACGUCACAUUAGCACCAGGAAAAACAACUUUUCCACAAAGGCAAAAGGCACAGAAGAACAAGACCACCCCGGGCGUAGAGAUUGUGUGUGCCACGAGGCAAGAUGUGAAUUUGAUUUCGGUGGUUUGUGUGAUAUUUUCAUUUCCUCCCGGGUGUUCUCCGCUAGCAGCAGAAACGGGUCAAAUUCAAAUCCAACAACCAAAAUUCUGGCACUGUGCCGCGUUUUGUUGACCUGGAGAACCUGGAGCAGCUCGCAAUCCUGGAACGCGCGUGGAAAUCCUAGACGAGCAAAUUCGUGAAAAUCAACGCUUUCCUUAUCGUGUAGAACAAAAGAUGUUGGUCACGUUCUACGCGUCGUGGAGGACUUCUUUUUCGGAUGGAGUGUUAAACGUGCGCCGCGGCCGGUGUGAUUUGUGAGUGAAGAACGUUUCGUUACGCGGUUUUUCUGCGAGGUGUUCUCCAGUGUUGUUUCGGUUUUGAAAAAUUCGCCAACUCGACCCCCAGGGCAAUAAAUAGUGACGAAAACGACGGGUAAUAACAGUGGUUUCGUGUUUUGGUUGCCAUGAUGAAGAUGAUGAAAAUGUUCCAAGCAAUGGAAAGGAGGGUGCUACCAAUUGUGGUGGCCAUUUUGUUGGGCUGCGUUGAUUUAUCCGCUGCUGCUGCUGCUUCUAUGGGUUCUUCAAUGUGGGACCACGUGGUGGAUUUCGAUCAGAACUACCGACUUCUGUGGACUUCUACCAGCCAGGAUAUAACGUUCGAAGUUCAGGCACGGACACUAGGCUACGUGGGGUUAGGGUUUUCCCGGGAUGGAACCCUCUCGGACGCGGACCUGGCCAUCGGGUGGAUCGAUCAGGGUCACGUGUACUUCCAGGAUCGACAUGUACGGGCAGGAAGUGAUGGUGAUCCGAUCGUUGAUUCUUCACAGGAUUACACCGUGCUUUUGGGUUACGAGAAUGUAACGCACACAGUUAUUCGAUUCAAACGGAAUCUGGAUACCUGUGAUAUGAAGGAUGAUUUCCCCAUUACGAAUGACACCAUGCGAGUGAUAUUCAUGUACUCGAAGGAAAAGCCCAGCAAGGGCGCAACGCUGCCGGGAACGCUUCCUGGCCCUCUGGAAGCUUUCAAGGGAUCUAGAUCGUUGUUCCUGACUCAGAGGACAAGCCAACAGCCGUUGCCCAUCUCGGCCGAGGUCAACAUUCUGGAGCUUCGCAAUGAAGACGUCGAGCUGCCGGAAAGUGACGAGAGCCUGUACUGGUGCAAGAUCUUCAAGCUGGACGAUUUCCACCGGAAGCAUCAUCUCGUGAGGUACGAACCCGUCUUCGAUUCGUCCACCAGCGUGCUGUACCUGAACCACAUGAUCCUGUACGAGUGCCAGGGUCUGUCGAAGGAGCUGGAAAUGCUAUCCCGGGAACGUGGCCAACCGUGCUUCCAACUUCAACCGAUGCACUGCAACACCGUCGUCGCGAACUGGGCACGUGGAUCCGACGGUUUCAGCUUCCCGCAGGAGGCCGGCUAUCCGUUGGACUCCCACCAGGCCACCUUCUACAUGCUGGAGACGCACUACAACAAUCCGGACUAUUCGUACGACUUCAGUGCCUUCUACAGGAAAAACCUGAGCAAACAGCAGCGAAACAUGAACAUCCACGGCCUUGACGGCGACGACGAUGAUGAUGAUGACGAUGGUGGCGCUGAUGCCGCCAAUAUGGACGAGAACGGUGAGGAACCGAUGCCGGAUGAGGAAUACCCCGGAAGUGAUACGGAUUCGUCGGACGCCGCCAUGGAGCAGCAGGUGGUUGAUAAUUCCGGACUGAAGCUAUACUACACGUCCGAGUUGAGGAAUUUCGAUGCGGGAGUCCUAUCGGUUGGGUUGGAUCCCAACUGGCGACACAUUAUCCCGCCGGGUCAGAAAAAGGUCGUCUCGGAAGGGCACUGCAUUGGAGCCUGUACCGAGCGAGGUUUCCCACGGGAAGGAAUCAAUAUUUUCGCCGUGAUGACCCGGACCCAUCUGAUUGGGCGCCAAGUCAAACUGCGACAGAUUCGGGGAACCGACGAGCUCCAGCCAAUUGUGCAUGACACCAACAUCGAUCCGAGCUACCAGGACUACCGGCGGCUUCCGGUUCCAGUGAAAGCACUUCCGGGCGACAGCCUUAUCGCCGAGUGUAUCUAUGACAGCUCUUCGCGGAAAUCGAUCACUUUAGGUGGCAUGACGACCCGCGAGGAAAUCUGCCUGGUCCUCACGCUCUAUUACCCGCGACAGAAGGAACUGACAUCCUGCCAUUCGCUGCCAAGCCUGCCGACGGUGCUUCACUCACUCGGGAUCCAGGAGCUGGCUUCUGGAACAAAUCCGGUGGUGAUCGCAUCGCCUCCAGAGCUGGCCGGCAUGACCCUCGAAAAGCGACUCACCUCGUACGAUUGGGCCAACCAGUUCGAAAGCUUCCAGUACGUCACUCGCCUGGGUUCUUUCAAGCCCCUCUGCUGGACCCCGAACAACAGCAUGAUACCGGGCAUCGAGAUGGAAGCGCACGGCCGGAACAUCACCCGCUACUGGAAGCAGUGGAACAAGUGCCGGAACAUCCACACCAACAUGGUAACGGAACCAGGCCAUGGGGAUGGACCGGAAGAUGGCGGCGGGGUACCGAACAUGAUCGACAUGCCCGCAAUGGACGACCACGAGUCGACGAACAUGAUCCAGACGACGGAUCUGAAAGCCAAGGUCACCCGGCCCAAUGCCAACGCCAACAACCAGGGCGGAAGUCGUCCGACAUCCGGUCGAAACGGGGCAAACCGGAAGCAGGGCACGGCACAAUCGACACUGCUGUCUACAGUUGUUCUCCUGACCGUGAGCAGUUUUGUAAGCGGAUUAUUUUAAUUAAAAUUGAACCUAGCCUUGUUUCACGGAUUUGCAACGAUGUAAUCUGCUGUGGGAUAAAAGAGGCCUCUUGCUGAUGACUCGUUCUUCCUGUCUGUCGCAAAUGGAGUGGAGUUCGCUCGGUUUCCUAACGGGCGUAGGCCCUACACAGAUUGCAACAGAUGAUUACCGCUAAAUGAGUUAAUGUUGCUUGUAUUUUUUCCCAAAAAUUAAUCGAAAGCACAUAGAUAACCGGAUAUUCAGUUCAGCCCGCACUAGGUUAUUGCAAUGUGUAGUUUAAAUUCCCCGUAGAAUUGAACCUCUUUGUUUUGGAGUGAAUGUUUACCAAAUGUGAUUGAUCGGAUACGCGAAAUGUACAGAUAUUCAAGAAAACAAAAUCGAAAGCAAUAGAAGCUAGAAAUCGAAAAGUAGAGCAUUAAGACUAAACUAAAUGGAUGUAAAGGAAGAAAAAACGUUUGUAGAGUGCGUAAAAUUGAAACAAAAUUGAAUAUAAUGAUAGUUUUUGUAAUGUUAAUAUGCAAACACUUUCAUAAGUCAGAAUAAGGUUAACGGAAAUUUGGCAAAAACUACCUUUUUAUUAUUUGUUACCAAAGAGAAACUAAUUGCAGAAAGAAGAUCAAAUUGGAUCUAACUGUAUCAUAGUGUAAAUAGAUUUAAAAAAAAACUGAAAUAAAAAAACCAGGAGAAACCCGUUUUCUUCGAACAGGAUACAUUCCAAAAUCGGUAAAUCAACGUAAUUGUGUUAUCAGAAUAGUUGAAUCCAUUCCAAAAGGUAGACCAGCCCCGGUUGAAUAAAAGUGAAAAAAACCAGAUAUCAAAGACUUCUUCAAAUUUAACAAACGCAGAACCAAUAGAAAUAGGUUUAUCAAACAAUGUUUAUCAAAAUUCCAGCCAGUCAGUCAAAAUUGAAAGGAGCCCGGUACCAAAUAAUUGAAACAUUCAAAAACCAAAAAAAAGUCCGUACGCUAAGUAAACUAUAGCAUAAUAGUCAUGCACAGUACUACUCGCAACUCACGCUGAUUCGUGUAUAAAAAAUGUCAAAUGAAUAAUAAAAAAA